UCAUGCUGGCACCCUGACAGAUUUGAAGCACACACGUGAUACCUUCUUCACCCUUCCAAAUAUUGCAUUCAGGAACUCCCACUUCCCUGGUCCAUCGAAGCUUGUAGAUCGGUGUCCGCAAUCGAGGACCAAUAUACAUCCUGAAUCUUAGUCUCCAUUUUUUUUACAAUGCGAUUCAUCAGCGACGGAGACCUACGGCAGUGGGUCCAGGAAAACUUGCAAAGAAAACUGAUACAGCAGGCACAUGAGCUUGCAGUGCAGACCGGAUGCGAGGUUCUAGUUCGGUUACAAGAUGGAAGGGAGUCCCAAAAUUGUAAGUACUACGUCACUGACAAGAUGAGGAACGACUUCAUGAGCUACGGUGUCAGGGCUGGACCUGGUGACCAACCAAUGUCAGGGGAAUCCGGGUUACCUAAGAAGUACGUACAUGACUUCGAGUGUCAGGUGGCUUGUGAACCGAUUGGACCGAUACCCUUUACACCAGAGCCAAGCGAUCCGCAAGAGGCUGAAAUAAUUCGAGUACAACAGAAUCAUCAACCCGCUGAGCCCGAUGCCAAUGUUAGUGACGAGUGGCAAAAGCUGUACAGGGAGAAACUUUGGUCUCAACAGUCGUAUCUGGCAUCCAAGGCACAGCUAAAAACAGCCAUUAGCUUAGAGGAUCAGAGACCAAGCACCAAUGGCCAAUUAACGCCUGUAUAUCCACCAACUUUAUCGGUUCAGUCAGAUAUACCCGUCCCUAUGGAGAGCCAUGUCGUGCCUGAUGAGAGCAGAGAUUCGGCUCUACGAAAUCUGAAGCAGUUGCACCUCCACAGGAUACUGAGGCGUGAGGCAGAACAGAAUACUCGCAAACCUGACUUUACUCAGCAAGCGAAUGACAGCGAAUGCGUUCGGGUCAUGGCAGUCCCCCAAGAGCAUCUUGAACAACGCAAUGAAUUUUUAUAUGUAUCUCAACUAGAAAAAUUUCAGCUUGCUACACGAAAAAUGUCGCCAUCAGAGCCGCGGCCAUCACAAUCACACCCAGAAUUUCAGCCGCAAAACAACUUGGAACAAAACGUAAUAGCAACUUUGCCGAACGGCCCCGAUUAUGACCACAGAACGUCCGUAUCACCUGCUGUUGCAACGCAGCAACGCUAUCUUUGUCGCAUAUGCGAACGUACUUUUUGUGAUAUCUACAACUUGGUUUCUCACGCUAAAAUGUUUCACUCGAAACGACCAGACUUGAUUUUCUCAUGCAAUUCGUGUCCUUCUUAUUUUGAAGACGCUAGAUCACUCCACGAUCAUCUAAUGACUCACGGAGAUAUUGGGUUCUUUGCAGGAGCAGCAUGCCUAAUAAAAAGUCAUGGUAAAGAUCGACAAAAUGUUGUACAACAGCGUCGAUUCCCUUGCCCAGAGUGCGGGAAAAUCUUCUCCAGGUUUGGCUUCAUGCAGAGUCAUAUUGAGCGCGUUCAUGGUGGAACUAGGAUUGCUGCGUCAAUGGACACAACUGCCCUAUCCAAAGACACCACUGGUACUGCCGGUGUUUCUAUGGCAUCCCCAAUAGGACCUAACACAAGAGAGCCAGUCGAAUUACCCGGUAAACAAAAUAGCACAUUUGCAAAUUUGUAUCGAUGCACGGAGUGCAGUGAGAGCUUUGAAAGUCCCGAAAUCCUUCAACAGCAUAUCAAGGAGUCGCAUAUCAGUCUAAAGACAAGUUCUGCACCUCCUUCGUUCACAGGAAAUGCUGAACCUCCGGAACAGCUGCUAAGGUCCAAGUCGCAAGACGUUGCAUCCAUUGGAAAAGAAAUCUUCACAUGUCAAGAAUGCGGAAUGCAGUUUCCUAGAGGAAAGCUGCUGCAGAACCAUGUCAAUAAAUAUCAUAUUCCAGGCGAUCCCACCAUGGAAAGUCAUGGAGAGGAUCAGCAUGAUACCAGUAAGACAGCCACUCUCCAAUCCAAACAACAGUGCAGCAACGUAGCCAACUCCGCAGUAGCAGUAAAGACAGAACCUAAUCAAGAGAUACUAGAUUUGAGCACGAAUAAACCUGUUGCUUACUCCAAUCAAACUUUACCGGCUGGCCCUAGCGAUGUGCCUUCUGACUUUCAAAACAGCAGUCCUGGUACACCAGGAAGCGACGAUAAACAGAAGGAGGAUGAAGAAAUGUCUGUUGAAAAUGGUCAAUUUCCUGGCCAGAAGCGAUUCGCUUGCGAUGUCUGCGGCAAAACGUACAAGUACGGAUUCCAUAUGAAAGAACAUCGUUUGACCCACGCUGCGGUGUGUCCGUUUGUUUGUCGUAUGUGUGGCAUGGGGUUCUUCAGGCAGAGGCAGCUAAGGGACCAUGAACUUAGGCACACAGGAGCGUAUCCGUGCCACUGCGAAAUAUGUGGCAAAGGAUUUCCUCGAACGUCAGAACUAAAGAGACACUUAGCUUUCCGACAUUCUAGUCAUCUAGAUGUAUUUGCUCGGAAAAAGCUGACGCCUUUGAGGAAUGAACAGCAAACUUAGUGCCAAAAGUUCUUUAUCUACCUAUUGCUAAAUACACGCCAGUGUAUUUUCUUUGAACUCGACUUGUUUAAUCAUAAGACCUUGUUGCGGUUGACUUACAGAAAUACACAUGCUUAGUGAUUUUAGAUACGGUGUUUAUGACAUGAUGUUGAUGUUGGUGUUUAGAAUUAUUAAAAAAAAUGCGGUUGAAGUGCUGAACCUAGCUCCAACACAGGUGGGUUUAGAAAGCAGAUACCGAUUACGAUAGGACAUUAUCAGGUGAAUACAUGCCCUGCCAUACACAAUCACCCAAUUUUCAGCGAAAAUUCUCGGUUUGGGUGAAAGCAUAUAUGAAAGCACAUAAAAGUGCAUUCGGUGAGAAAGUGCACCUGUAAAUAGCAUUGUAUGGAUUGAAAAAAAUUAUAUAUAGAUAUAUAUUGGGAUCAUUGGGUUAUAUUAAAGUACCGAGGCAGUUCAUCGUGUGACAUGGGAUCAUCCAAAGUGCUGUGUAUCUUGAUGUAAAGUGCAAUUGUGAAGAAAUCUUUGUAAGGAUUUAAUCGCAUGUGUCUCUUUUCUUCUCUUUAUCUCUCGUAUUAGUCCUUUUUAACCUAAACGAUGGUGUACACCUCUGCUUUAUAUAUAGCCAAAUAUGACAUUAUAAUCUCUGACAAGAUGUUCGAUUGAACACAUACUGUUAACUUUACAGGGCCGUCGAAACGAAGGGCUGGAGCCCCCCCCCAAAAAAAAAAAAAAGAGGAGGAAAAAUAACUAGAGAAGGGUGAAUUAUGAUAUCCUUUUCUGAUUAUCACGUCAAAAUUUGAUAAUUGUAAUAAAAAUGUAAAAAAGUGUACUCGCUGGCU